AUUAUUUUCUAAUCCCAUACACACAAAACCUCAAGAUCUAUUCUUAUUCCCUUUCCCAUUUUGUGUCCUUUUACCAUCACAAAAACCAACUCCGAUUUUGUUUUUUGUUUGUUUGGUCAAUGUCGCAUAUUGCGGCUAUGUUUCACUUCCUUUUUGGUUCAUCAUAAUGUCCCAUUCAAGCCUUCUUUGACAUAAGUUUCUUCAUUUUCAAUCUCGAUCUCAUAUGCUCUUUCCGGAGAGCUUCUCCACCAAUCGUUUACCAUAUUCUUUGGUGCCUUCAUAGACUAGACCAAGGCUUAAAAGAAGUCCUCUACUUCAAUUUUUAUUCUUGACUCUAGUGUCAAGGUUUUUCAAUUCACUUCACCCCUUCGAUAGUAUUUUAUUGUAAUUGCUCACAUAUCAAAUAUCGCAAUAAAAUUACGAUCAUCAAGCAUGGGAGAUUGGGAUUGUAGCAACCUCAUUCAUGUGCUACAACAAGGCAUGGAAGUGGCAAAGCAACUCCAAAUCUCUCUCCACGCGCCUUAUUCGUCGCAAGAAAGCCACGAGCUUCUAAUCGAGAAGAUCAUAGACGCAUUUGAAAAGGCUCUUAAAAUGGUGAACUUGAAGAUGGGGUUAGUGGGUCGUCCUUCUUCACAAAUGUUGCACUCAAGGGUUGCAAUUCGAACUUCACAAUCACCACCUUUGAGCGGAAGUCCUCGCAAUGGAAACUCAGACAAAGAUCUGAGGGAAAUCAACCGUAGUUCCCCCAACGAAAGGAGGACUAAACCAAGUUGGACAAAACAGAUUCGAGUUACCCCGGGGAUGGGAGUGGAAGGGUCUCUUGAUGAUGGAUAUACUUGGAGAAAAUAUGGCCAGAAAAGCAUACAUGGAGCUAAGUAUCCAAGAGGCUAUUAUAGAUGUGCCCAAAGAAAUUUUGAAGGUUGCAUGGCCACAAAGCAAGUGCAAAGAUCCGAUCAAGACCCAACAGUGUUUGAAAUCCAUUACCGGGGAAACCACACAUGCACAAUGGCUUCCUUUGCAGUUCCAACAUUAGGGAUCCCAGAAAAUCAAGAACCAAAUUUUACUACAAUUCCACAGCAGCAACCAAGUGAUGCUAUGAAUCUCCAUUUACGGCUAGGAGUCCUAACGGAGAACCUAGAUCAAUCGUUUGCCUCAUCAUUCCACCAACUUUUGACUUCAACUAUAAAAAAGGAAGAGCAAGUUUUCCCUUCCCCAAUCAUUGAAAACAACUAUGCUCAAAAUUUCAAUUGCCCUUCUUAUGUGUCCCCAUCUGACACAACUUAUUUUUCGGUUGACAACUUUAGAGGGCACCCUUUGGCAAGUUCUGGAAGUGAGGUCAAUGACAUGAUUUCAGCGGUUACAUCAGCUGCUAACUCUCCAACACUUGCAAGCUUAAACUUCCCAUUUGAUCAGUUUCAUAUAUUAGACGGCCAAAACUUUACCUUUGAUAACUCACCAUUCUCCUAAAAUUUUAGUAAUUUCGCAACCCAAUUUCUUUGUCAACCCCUUUGUUUUUCUAUUCAUUUAUUUUUGUCAUGGUAUAAAUCAAUGUCCACAAUCAUCUUCUCGAAUCAAGUAAAAUUAUUAUGGACAACAAAAUUCUCCCUUCACCCUGAUGAAGUUGAAUAAGAUUACUGUGGACAACAAAAUUUAACUGCACAAUCAAAAUUACAUUGUUCAUAUAAGUUAUCUUGAUCACUUUUUUCCCAAUCUCUACUUCAUAGUGUAUGAACCGUUAACCUACCUGAAAAUAUUAAUUUUCAAUCCUAGUCAUACCAGAUUCAAGGGACCUAAAUAGCGGGUAUGAAAAUAUUUAUCUGUAUGUCUUGAUUAACCACUUGUUUCGUAUAGUAUUUUUUUUCUUCUCCUUUCUCUCUUUUCGGUCUUUUAAGAAACAGUGUUUAGGUUUGCUCACACGAUGGGAUUCAAUCGAGUGUAUGCACCUAGAAGAGAAUGAAAGGCACGGGGUUGGUUACCGAUCUUAGGACAUGUCAAAGUUAGUUGUUUGUCUAGUCUUAUGCGACUUGAGUCACGGGAAGACAAAAUUGACCGUGCAUUAUAUUUGUUUCCGAAUUAAUAUCAAAUAAAGUUUUCGUUUAAU